AUGGAGCGACUUAUCAAGAAAAGGGAUGGAAUCAAGUAUCAAGUAGAAUGUAUUUACGACUAUGUGAAAAGUGUUACUAGUGAGGAUGGCGAAAGUGUAAAGACGACCGCUAAAGUUUUGGCAAAGAAACAGAACGCUUUGUCAGUCUAUAAGGAAAGGUAUGACCAGAUUUUCGAAGAAUUGUUGAAUGAAGCAGCGACAACCGAAGAGGUUGAAGAAAUUCACUAUUCAUACAAGGUUUUUCAAGACAAGUGUACGGGAAUCGAAGAAAUAAUUGAUAUUAUCGAAGAUAACUACUUUCCUGAAGAAUCGACGCGUGCUACUUCUGCGUCAGCUUCUAGUUCUACGUUUGAUGCAACAAUAUUGCAAGCUGUUAAAGAAAUUGUGAACAAUCAAGUGGAAUCAUUGCAACGCAUUACUGCACAACAACAAGAAUCGUUAAAGGAUCUGUUUUCUGCUAAUAAGAUUUCUGCGAGUGAAGCAAAGCUGCCGCAACUGGAUUUGAAAUCGUUCAGUGGAGGAUAUACGCAAUGGUCGGAGUUCUACGAUACUUUUAAAUGUGCUGUUGAUUCGCGUUCAAAUUUAGCGCCCGUUCAGAAGCUUCAAUAUUUGAAAUCGUGUCUCAAGGGAGAAGCUGCUGUACUCGUCAAGAAUUUGAAUUUGAAUGAUGCAAAUUAUGCUAUUGCUAUUGAUUUAUUGAAAGGAAGAUACGAGAACGUCAAGAAUAUACGCGAGGCUCAUUUUNAGCUAAUGACCCUGCAAUUAUUCAUUUGA